AUGGAUCGUUUUGAAGUAGAGCCUGAACAAAUUAACGUGAAUUUACGACAACCAUCAGCUAGUCAAUCAGGAUUAUUACAGAAAUAUUGUCAAAACAGAAAAUUAAUGUGGAUCAUUAUUUCCAGUAUUACUGUCGUUCUUGUUUUGAUCAUAAUUAUUCCAAUAGUUAUUAUGAAAACAAAACCAUCCACAACAAUCAUAACAACAACAAUGGUCACAACAGAAAUUACGACAGAAGAACAAACUAAAUCAAAAUAUAAACACUGGAAACAAAAUGGAAUCACAAUUGCCGGAGGAAAUCAAUAUGGAAAUGGAUUAAACCAGCUCAAUGAGCCUCACGGCAUCUUAAUUGAUGACAACGCUAUUAUUAUUACAGAUUAUGGUGAGUCGCGCAUUCUUGAAUGGAAAAUUGGUUCGAAGGCUGGUGAAAUCAUUGCAGGUGGAAAUGGACCUGGAGAUAAACUUAGUCAAUUGGUUCAACCUGUAGAUAUAAUUCUUGACAAACAAAAUGAUUCUUUGAUCAUUUGCGAUCGGAAUAAUGAACGAGUAAUGCGAUCGUUUCGUAAGAAUCAGACAGAUCCACAAAUUUUCAUUCCUAACAUCGACUGUUAUGGUUUGGCAAUGGAUAAUAAUGGAUCUAUUUAUGUUACUGAUUGGAAGAAGAGCACAGUCACACGAUGGAAAGAAGGAGAAAUAAAUGGAACAGUAGUAGCAGGUGGAAAUGACAAAGGAAAUGAGCUCAAUCAAUUAAAUUAUCCUAUUUAUAUUUUUGUCGAUAAAGAUCAUUCUCUUUAUAUUUCAGAGUUGUCCAAUCAUCGCGUGGUGAAAUGGAGAAACGGUGCGAAAGAAGGAAUUGUGGUGGCUGGCGGAAAUGGACGAGGAAAUAGUCUCAUGCAGCUGUCGUCUCCUCGAGGAGUGUUUGUUGAUGAUUUGGGUCUCAUCUAUGUCGUAGAUCACUUCAAUCAUCGUAUAAUGCGUUGGUGUGAAGGAGAUAAACAAGGUUCAAUCGUUGUCGGUGGAAAUGACCAAGGACAAGAAUCCGAUCAACUGUGGGGUCCCGUAGAUUUGUCGUUUGAUGCUGAAGAAAAUUUAUACGUUAGCGAUUCUGGAAAUGAUCGAAUUCAAAAAUUUGAACUGUGCGUUACUGAAACAAUCAGUUAA